AUAAUAAGUGAAUUAAUUGAAGAGUAAAAUACAAUAGACCUCAAGUCCAUCCUUCUCUCAAACCUCAGCAAGACUCGAACUUCAAACUCGAUUCGGGCUCAGUAACUUAAAAUCUCUUAAGACACUUUCCCCAAUUCGAUUCUCGUCAUUUUGAUUUGUCUGCAAGAAGCCUUAGAAACCCCUUUUUCAGACAUCGAUGUGAAAGGUCUCUUCAGACAAAGUCAUGUUGUGAAAUCUAAUGGCGGCAGUGACUCUAUCCUUGGUGCAACCUCCUUGUGGCAUGUGUUUCGCGGGUAGGAGAUUGAGAAGUGUGAUUGUAAUCCAAGCUCAGAGAGGAAACUGGUCUAAAAUGAGGUUUAGUAAUCUCUUCUUCUCCUCCAAAGUGUGGAAGAUAACUUAUCGAUCCAAGCAUAGUUUUCCUGACAAUCUUCUCGAACAAGUUGAGAAGUGUGCAAACGCUAGGCUCGAAACUCAGUCCAAGUUAAUAAGCAAGGUUGCAGCUUUGAUGGAGUAUGAUAAUGUUGAUGAUGUAUUUGAUCAGAAAUCUGAUAAGCAAGUUAAGGAAGAGCUUGAAUCUGCGUGCAAGAGGUUCCCUGCGAUCUCUCUUGGCUACUCUCGUCCUGUGGAGUUAUACAGCAGGUCCAAAUUUUCAGAAGAAGCAAAUAGAAGUAUUCUCAAGACGCCAAACGAAAACAGUUUCCUUCCUACUCCCAUGCCUGUGGGAUGGCUUGAUCCUGACGGUCUUUCUGGGACAUUAUCUUCCUUCUCUCCAGAGCCUCUGAUGAAUGUUGAUUCCACCAGUCUCAGAGAAGAAAUAUCUGAUGGCUCUUCUUUUAUGGUCCAAACUGCAACAUCUGAAGCUGAAACAGCCCCUGAAGAAGAAGAUUCUGCUUCCGCUCAGCUUUUCCUUAGUUGUACUAUAGGUUCUAUGCCUGGGUUAAGCAAGAGGCAGAGCUAUCAGCUAGACACUUGUGGCUUUCACACGAUGAGGAAACUAUUGCAUCAUUUUCCUCGAACCUAUGUUGAUUUGCAGAACGCCCAUCUUGAUAUUGAGGAUGGACAGUACUUGAUUUUUGUUGGUAAAAUCGUCUCUUCCAAGGCAGUCAGAGCGAGCUCUUCGUUUUCAUUUCUUGAGGUUAUUGUCAGCUGUGAAGUCACAGGAAGAGACCAAACUCCGGAGAAUCUGAGUUGCAAUGCUGAUGAUAAAGUAGGAAAAACAUUUUAUCUGCAUCUUAAGAGAUUUUUUCGUGGCGCGCGCUUUACGUGGCAACCAUUUCUCAAUAGUAUACAAGAGAAACAUAGACCUGGGGACUUUGUAUGCGUUAGCGGGAAGGUGAAGGCGUUGCGUGCGGAGAAUCAUUUUGAAAUGAAGGAAUACAAUAUUGAUGUACUCAGAGAUGAAGACGAGUCAUCUCUUUCAGCUCAGGGGAGACCAUAUCCUAUUUACCCCGCAAAAGGAGGCUUAUCCCCAAAGUUCCUUAGCGAUGUCAUCUCCAGGGCUCUGCGGAUUCUCCCUACCAAUAUGGAUCCGCUUCCUAAGGAAAUCACUACAAUUUUUGGCCUACCAUCUCUCCAUGAUGCCUAUAUCGGUAUUCACGAGCCUAAGAAUUUAGAUGAGGCUGAUUUAGCUCGCAAAAGGCUUAUAUUCGAUGAGUUCUUUUACCUACAGUUGGCACGCUUAUACCAAAUGCUUCAAGGGCUUGGCACAAAAUUAGAGAAAGACGUAUUACUGGAGAAGUUUAAAAAUCCAGUGCUCAACUCCGUUUACAUAGAAGAUUGGUCUGCUCUCAGCAAGAGUUUUGUGAAGGCUCUACCGUAUUCACUUACUCCUAGUCAGCUUAGUGCUGCCUCAGAAAUAAUAUGGGAUCUAAAGCGUCCGAUUCCAAUGAAUCGGCUUUUGCAGGGAGAUGUUGGAUGUGGAAAAACAGUAGUUGCUUUCUUGGCGUGUAUGGAGGUCGUAGCAUCUGGUUACCAGGCAGCUUUCAUGGCCCCCACAGAGUUACUUGCGAUCCAACACUACGAACAGUUGCGUGAUCUGCUGGAGAAAAUGGAGGGUGUACCAUCCAAGCCAACCAUUGGGUUGCUCACAGGUUCAACCCCAACAAAACAAUCACGAAUGAUUCGUCAGGAUCUUCAAAGUGGAGCUAUAUCGAUUAUAAUUGGAACUCACAGUCUUAUAGCUGAAAAGAUAGAGUACUCUGCAUUACGUAUUGCCAUUGUUGACGAGCAACAACGUUUUGGUGUAAUCCAGAGAGGAAAAUUCAACAGCAAGUUAUAUGGAGCAUCUGUUGUAUCAAAAACUGGCUCACCUGACUCUGAUGAUGCUACCAAAGCUGAUCUCAAUAUGGCUCCUCAUGUUCUGGCAAUGUCAGCCACCCCAAUCCCGAGAUCACUUGCCUUAGCUUUAUACGGAGAUAUUUCUCUGACUCAGAUUACUGACAUGCCACUUGGGAGAAUACCAGUUGAGACGCACAUUUUCGAGGGAAAUGAGUCUGGCUUCGAGGAAGUCUACUCGAUGAUGCUGAAAGACCUGGAGUCUGGAGGGAGAGUAUACCUUGUGUACCCCGUUAUUGAACAAUCAGAGCAACUGCCACAGCUCCGUGCCGCCUCUGCUGAUCUCGAAGUAAUAUCCCAAAAGUUCCCAAACUAUAGCUGCGGACUCUUGCACGGAAGGAUGAAGAGUGACGACAAAGAAGAGGCUCUAAGAAAAUUCAGAAGCGGAGAAACACAGAUACUCCUCUCCACCCAAGUGAUAGAGAUAGGCGUUGACGUUCCAGACGCUUCGAUGAUGGUUGUCAUGAACGCUGAAAGGUUUGGUAUCGCUCAGUUACACCAACUCCGAGGACGUGUUGGCCGUGGAACCAGAAAAUCAAAAUGCUUACUAGUCGGAUCAACUGCUAAUAGCCUAAAACGGUUGAACAUGUUGGGGAAAUCGUCUGAUGGGUUUUACUUGGCGAACAUAGACCUUCUUCUACGUGGACCUGGUGACUUGCUUGGGAAGAAACAGUCUGGGCACUUACCAGAGUUCCCAGUCGCUAGGCUGGAGAUGGACGGCAAUAUGUUGCAGGAAGCCCACAUAGCCGCUUUGAAAGUUCUAGGAGAUUCUCACGACCUGGAGAAGUUUCCAGCGCUGAGAGCUGAGCUUAGCAUGAGACAGCCACUUUGUCUUCUAGGGGACUAAAAGGUUGCACCAGGCCAAUGUACAUACCAUUUUCCUAGUACAUACUUAUUAUGUGGCUUUCCUUUUUUGGUAUUUCGGUACUGUGACACGACACAGCAUGUUGUUAGUAGUAUAGUCUUUUGGGGUCAAGAUUAUUCUUCUAUGGCCAGAG